CUCCGCCACUCUCAGGCUCGGGAUCGCACGCCCGCGCCGCGUCGCAGGGGACGCAGCGGGGUGUGUCACCGCUCAGAGGACACCCCACCCCCACCCCCUCUGCUCUCGCGUCGUAAAUCCAGAAAACCUGGACUUUCAUGAGGCAGGAGAGGAGCACUGGAGCGAUGCCACUUCGGAGGGGAGGGCGGGGGACUGGAAAGGAGCUGGAGUUUCCGCUGAGACUUGGGCUACAUUGUAAAGGAAAACUUGGAGCUUUAGUCCACCCCACAACACUGCUCGGGAUAAGAUAAGAGAGAUGAGGUUCAGGGCCACCGAGUUUCCCUGGCCUCCAGCCUGAUGGUCCAGGAGCUGCUGAGAAAUACACCUGAUGCACCUUGCUUGCCCUUGAGACAAGGUGGUGUUGGGUCCCACCUCUGUUCACCCUUGCAGAGGACCCUAAGCCAAAGAUGGUUCUGGAGCCCACCCCACACCUACGGUACAUACUCCAGGAAGCUGGUGUACCUAGUUUAUUUAGGGAAGACGCCUUGACAGCCUUUGUAUCAACUUCCUCCAGCUGCAUCUUCCUGGAGCCCUAGGACACUUCAGCUCCCGAUACAAAAAUCCUAGGUCGGGAGGCCAGCGCCUUCUCAACUCCCUGCUCCCCGGCCUUGGGGGUGGGGCAGGAGCGCACUACCCUGAGCCUCCGGGGGGGGGGGGGGAGUGUGGUAAUUAACCAACCGACUUUGACCCUUGAUCAGCAGGCUCUCUGGCACCACCCAGGCUUUUAAGAAAGUGGGGGAAAUGAGGGUGGUGAGGGAGGGACCCUGUGUGGGUUCGUGCCUUAAUUUCUCUCUUGAAUAAGCUGUUGGUGUCUUGGGUGUAAGUGGGUGUUUUGGGCGAGUACUGCCAGGAUCCAGUGGUGGUAGGAAGUUUUACCCUUAUCUCGAGGUGCUGUAAGGCUGUUCUGAAGGCUUCUUAAACAAGGGAACGGGCCACAAGGCCCUAGAAUCCCCAGUGUGGGGAAACAGGAGGCAAAAAGGGGAGGGUACCUCCUCACCUGAGGUGUGGGCUUGGGAUUUUGUGAUUUCUGCCUGGCUAAGUGUUCUGGCCAAGUGUCCAGUGCUCCACCUCCGGAAGGGCCAGUGAGGGACACAGCCCCUUCCUUGCUCCAGCCUCCUCUCCAGCCUGUGUUUGACUUGCUGCUCAGCUGCUCCUUGGGAUCUGAUAAACUGAACUUGGACUGUGCUAAAGUCAGCCUGGGCUUCUGCCCACCACCACCCUACCGGGAACCAGAGCCAUCCGUGGCCGAACCCCCUCCUUGCCCUCUGGCUUUGGACAUGAGCCUUCGGGACUCCAGCUAUAGUGUGGCCCCAGGGCCCUGCGUGGUGGCCCAGCUACCCCCUGAAGAUGUGAGCCAUCUGACAGAUCCCCAGAGCAGAGACCAGGGUUUCCUACGGACCAAGAUGAAGGUGACCUUGGGGGACAGUCCGAACGGAGACCUUUUCACCUGUCACAUCUGCCAGAAGGCCUUCACUUACCAGCGCAUGCUGAAUCGACACAUGAAAUGUCACAACGAUGUCAAAAGGCACCUGUGCACGUACUGUGGGAAGGGCUUCAAUGACACCUUUGACCUCAAGAGACACGUCAGAACCCACACUGGUGUGCGGCCCUACAAGUGCAGCCUGUGUGACAAGGCCUUCACCCAGCGCUGCUCUCUCGAGUCUCACCUCAAGAAGAUCCAUGGCGUGCAGCAGAAGUAUGCAUACAAGGAGCGCCGGGCCAAGCUCUAUGUGUGUGAAGAGUGUGGCUGCACAUCUGAGAGUCAGGAGGGUCAUGUCCUGCACCUCAAGGAAAACCACCCCGACAGCCCACUGCUACGCAAGACCUCCAAGAAAGUGGCUGUGGCCCUGCAGAACACUGUCACUUCCCUGCUGCAGGGCAGCCCCCACCUCUGAGCAGCACAGGCCCCAGGAAGGACCAGGUUUACCUCCCUGCUGCCUAGCUGGUUCACCUUCCUGCAGCCUCUUGCCAGAACACCAGUGAUCAGGACCAGAGCCCUAACGCCUCAUGCUAGGCACACCUAUGCACUCAGGCACUGACUUCUGCUCACUUUUGGAAGUCUGUCUUACAGGCAGAGUCCUUCUGUGCUUGAGACGAUGGGUGCCUGUGUCUGCGCAGGGGUGAGGCCAAGUGAUUAAAAACAGCUGCUUAGAGAGACAGGCCCUGCUUCCUUGCAGCAGAACUCUGGACAUGUGUUGAGGGGGGGGCCUGAGUACAAGAUGGGCAGUGGAGCCCCACGGACCGCAGAGCCAAGACCCCGGCAAAGAGCAUCCCUGCAGACCGCCGUGGCGGCAAGGCUGGCAGAGGCUCACAUACCUGCAGGGCUAAUUCUCAGGGUUCCAAGGGCUCUGCCCUUUCGUCAGAGGCCCACAUGUGUACAGCCAUGUUGGUGCUUGUGUGUGUGUGUGUGUGUGUGUCACACUGCUUUAUGUGUGACUUAGUCACAUGUGCACCCACGGCCUUCCAUAUCACCUCAUUCUUAAGAGACCAACCACGAGGUGCCAAGGAGGUUCUAGUCCCUUUUUUAAAGAUGACAAAUGUACAGAUAUUAAUAUAUUUUUGGUGCCCACAGUAAGAUUGUUUUUUAAAAGGGAUGGAGCUGGCUUUUUCUCCAACCCUAUUGAUUCUAUUUAUCCUGGACAUUUCAAACCUCCUCUGUGCCUUGGUUCUGGGGGUGGUGAUGCAGACUCACCCUGUUCUCUGAGCUGUUCCAUUAAAGACCUUCCUGCCCUGCCAGAA